CUUUCAGGGGAUAAAAGCGGCAUUAAUGGUUUGAGGAACGAGACCUCAGCGAGGGCAUCGCUUGCCUGUGAUGUCCAAGACUCCAGUUUAGCAAGAGCUGUGCUCUCGCCAUCACAGGCUGCCAAGGGGCGAUUGAGUACGAGAUUACGCACUAAGAGGACGCCUAGAAGAGAGAAUUAUUCUGGAAUACAGGUUGCUUCCAAACUUCUCUGAGUUGUGCUGCAAUGGAGGGCGCUGCCUCGGUGCUGUGCCUGAGAACUUGCUGUAUAACAGACUCUAAACCCCUCCGUUUUGCCGAAAAUCCAGCUGAGCUGGGACAAUCCCACCUCUCCAGGAACUACAGUUGCUCUCGGAGGCUGAUGAAACAGAGGCGGUCAAAUAGUAUCAGCAUGUGCACCUUGCCCAUCAUCCCGGAAUAUCCAGGCUUCCAGGACAUUAAGUUAUCAAGAAAUUAUUUGAAAAACCCAGCCUUCAAUCAACUUUUCCAGGAUUUGGAUAGAGGAAGAAGCUCCUCAUCGCAGCGGAAUAAUUUUCCAAACAGAGCUUCAUUAGUCCAUUGCUUGGGGAAUUCAAGAGGCUACUCGAAAGGCCACCCAACACCCAGCAGCGGCUUCCACGACAAACCACUGCAAGAGUAUUUCAACGAGAGGCUGAUGGAACUCAGGAACUACGAUAGUAAGAGGUCUAACAGGAAGACAAAAGUAUUGGCUGAUAAGAACCAGAACUCCUUCCUCAGCCGCAGAGGGUCCUGGCGCAGGAGCAGUUGCAGCGCCGUGGUAGUGACGGCGCACGACAAGGAGAGCGAAGAGCCCUGUGGCUCAGUGAAUGAAAACACCAGAAGAGUGAUGGAUCAUAGCAGUCAGGAAGCAGCGCAGACUGUCCUGGGCCUCUACAAGGGUGAUUUCUUGGACAUUCUGACAACACACAUCGCUGCUCCUCUAGAAGCAUUUGUGCAAAAAAAAUGAUAGUGGAGCUGAUUACAGCUUUCUGUGCAGUCCCGAAAUCCAAGGAGAGUUGUUCUUGUUUAGCAGAAUUCCGACUUCAGCAGUUCAUGUAGGUCAGCCCUGUCUGGCAGAGGAACGGGCUUGUUUGUGGCAGAAAACUUAUUCUCAUUUUGUGUUCCUGAUUAACAUCUCAUAUAUUUGGUUUCAACUAUUUUUCACCAAGAAUCAGUGUAAAUGAGACACAGUUGUGACUUAUGACAUACAGAGAGCAAUAUUCUAAGUACAUGUGUGUAUUACUCAAAUCCUUAAGUUGCCUUAAUAAAAGGUGAAUAGUCUGUCACGGUUUAGCCCUCGGCCCAGGCAAUUUCAGUAGCUAAAACUGAGCAGUAGGGAUAGAUUUAAAUGCUAGAUUUAAGUGAGGCUGGUGGAAUUAAAUAUGGAAGAAGGCUCCUUCCUUCUUUCCUGCUGCAUAUAUGAGAACAACAUAGCAAAUUCCUAAUGUAAUUUGAACUUCGAAUUGUUUAUUGUAUUUUAGUGUUUAUUGUGGUCAUCCAAGUAUACGUCAGCCACAGCUGAAUCUUUUUAUUAUGUGCGAUGUCACUGUUUAAUUCCAUAGCACAUUGGCUGAAUAUCAGACCCAAAGCAGGGCAGUUAUUAUUUUAAGCUUCCAGAAAGAACUACUGCUGCCUGUGGUAUCAUCAGCAAUAAAUUCCUCAUGAUAGUGUU